UCCUAAUCCAACCGGUUUUGUUGCUUGUUUAUUUAUAAACCCAUUCAUUCAUUAAUAAAGAGAUAAUUUUUCGGUUAUCCAAUCCGGUCUUCUAUCACUCUGAAAGUCUUCUGAAGAUAAAAUCCGUCCUUUACAACGCUAGGCAUAUUAUUUCUUGCGUUAAUAUAAAUUUUUGGUUAAGGGUUUCCAUGAGGAAUUUAGGAUUGAUAGGCAAAAAAGCAUUGCCCGCCGGCAGCGGGAAGGAAGACGAAGAAGAGGAAAGGGCAGGCUGGGGCGAUUUAAACGAGGAGCUUUUGUGCUGUAUAUUGUCGCGUUUGGAUGUGAUAGGAGAUGAGGUGAGCUUUCAGUGCGUUUGCAAAUCAUGGAAGCUGGCAGCGGCAAGAAGGAUGCCGCCGCCACAGGCGGCGUUAGCAUCUCAUCACGAUCCUCCGCCUGCUUUAGAUUCGGCGCCGCAUCUGAUGUACUUGAACCACAGAACUGGGAGGUUCAAUUUCCAUGACCCGACUCGCAGAGGUGCCACAUAUUCAGUACACAUUCCUGAACUAUUGGGGGAUUACCCGGGCGAGGUUGAAUGUUAUUAUGCCAGCUGCGGUUGGCUGCUUCUUCGCAAGGGCCCCAUGACAUACUUCCUUUUUAACCCCUCCACCAUGGAUAGAAUUGACCUUCCUCCAGUACGUGACAUGCCCAUCUCAUUCGAAUGCAUGUGUUUCUCUGGUUCGCCCACUUCUUCCGCGUGCAGGAUUGUUGGCUUUGUCAGUUAUGUCCCACAAAAAGUGGCCUUUAUUGGAGAAACAAUGGUGGGAUGUGAUUCUUGGUCCGUGUUGGUCAACACUAGCAACCCAGAUGACUUCGUGGCAUCCAUAUGCCCCCCCAUUGUCUGUGAUGGGAGCUUUUAUGUUUUGGGUGAAUCUGGGAAUUUGGGAUGCCUCUGGUUUCGACCUCCCAAAAAGGGACUGACUGGGGUUUUUUGGGAAGUUAUUGGCAAGCCAGCAGAUGAACUCUUUGAGACAUUCAAAGAUCAAUUCCUCCUCGAAAGCGAUGGCGACAUCAUGUGCGUGGCAACUCUACAAGGAGGCGGCGAAGUUUGUGUUCUCAAGCUUGAUCCACACACUCAAGUGUGGCAAAAGGUGGAUGAUCUCCAAGGAAAAGCCUUGUACGUUUCUCAAUCCGCAUCCUUCUCCCUUAAAGCAAUUCCCAGAGGAACCGGUAACAAGGUCUACUUUCCUAGAUUCUACAACAACCGAGGACUGUUUUAUUGCAUGAGAACCAAGGAGUGGCGCAACUUUCCACAUACUUUCUCAAGAUGGAGAAGAAUAAGAAGACAGCUUCAUCCGAGAAAGCUGGUACCUUCACCGACAAAUAUGUAAUUGAUCCAAAUCAGCCCCAGCCCCAGGUUAUGAUGAAUAGUAAGAUAAUGGUAAAAUGAUGGUUGAUGUUGACAUCAACACAGUUCUCACUUCUCGAAGAGGUUGAAGAGACAAAUAGGGAGGAGGAAGCAGUGAACCAGAAAACAGAGGGUAGAAGAAAUGAACAUAAAGAGGUGAGUGCACAGAAGGUGUCUGAGAAAGAGGUACGUGAGUACACAGAGGUCUUUGGCUGAGAUACAUAUCAACGGAGGAAGAUUUUGUCAACCUUUCAGACAGCACGGAAUGUGAUCGCAUCUCAACACGGGGAUACUGGCUAGUGGGAUGCUUUACAGGCACUUUCUUGAGUAUGAGGGCUAUUCAUCUUCUCAUGGAAACCUGGGGAAUUAGAUGUAAAUUGGUAACACAUGAACCAGGUUUGGUUGUCUUUCAGAUAAAAAAUGAAGAGGAUUGAGCAAAAGUUCUUAUGGAGGGGCCUAAUGUUGUUACGGGGAGAGCACUAAUGUUAAAAAAAAGCAGGCACGGUUCAUUUAUGAUGAUGAGGAGUUCUUGAGAGUACCCAUGUGGACUAUACUGCCUAUGGAUUGUUGGAAGGAGGAGAUAUUAGGAAGAUCCCUUCAAGAGUUGGCUUGCCGAUAUUCACUCACGGUAUUACUAGUGAGUAGUGACAACUGACGAGAUGAGAUCGGAUUAUGCUAGAAUAUUGGUGGGAGUUGAUGUUUCUAAGCCUCACGCUUUGUUUGUCGAUAUCAAGCUUCCCUCUAGGCGGAACAGAAGACAAUUCAUCAUCUAUGAGACCUUCCCUAAUUACCGUUUUCACUAUAUAAAGCAUGGACAUCGUAUAGUUUAGUAAGAAAAAAGCAAUUGGGGAGGAUCAUAUAGUUACUACACUAUUGGGGAGAUUUUAACUCUGGUAGACAGUAGACACUGAGCUGGGGGAGAACAAGGCUAAUGAUAUUGUAAGGGAUGAUGCGGUACCAGAACCCAAUAAUAUCGAAGGAGCUAACAUCUUACCUAAUCCUUGUGAGGAAGUUUCUGCUAUAGCAAAGGAAACAGAGAAGGUUGCUCAGGAAGAAAUACGGGAAAAGGAAACACUAUUUAUAGCAUUUUUCAUUGAAGCAUCUAACCAAACACUUGGUAGAUAUUCUGGCUUGGUAGUUUUGGCACUUAUCCUCGGAGGAAUUAGCCUUAACCCAACAGCCUUGAUAGUUUUCCAAACAUUGGGGACACCCUACUUAUGUGUGAACAUAUCUUACACAAGUGUUCCAAAUAUGAUGAACUGUUCCUCACGAUUUCAAUCACUAGAUGAUGACUCCACUCCAAAGUAAAUUGCUGGAUUAAUUUGAAAUGUAGCUGCAACACCGACCUGAAUAGAACAAUGAAAAAUGAGGAAGGAUAUCAGGAGAUAUACAGAGAGGUGAACUGGUGAAGCCUAUAAAAUUUGAAAUACCAAGUAACAAAGAAACAAAUGGGUAUGGGCUGGCAAUUUUUUAAUGUCAGAGAACGUUUGAUCAAAUAAUAAAGAACAUAAACUUUGCCAUUAACGAGAUGCCCCAGUUUCGAACUAAUCUGACUGUUCCCUACUUCCCUAUAAUUAUCACCUUUUAGACUUUUAGUGUGUCUUAGGGGUGGACUCGGUCUGGUCUCGGUUUCCCAUAUCUAAGACCGGAAUCGACCCAGACUAAUAUGGUUUGCGGUCCCGGUCUCGGUCCCAGUCCGGUCUACCCGGCCGGUCGUGGGUUGGUCCGGCCUUGUUUUUUUGUACUGAAAUUCACACAUUUAAAAAACAAAUGUAUAUUCAUUACAAACACUACAUUGAUUUAGAGUAGUAACACAUUUAUAAAUUACAAUUGAAAAUGUAACUAAUACGUAGUAUGAUCAAGUGUGUUUAGUAUGGGUUGGGAUAUUAGGGCACAGCCUAUCCGCCCAAGUACCGGCCCAAUAUUCCUAAGGAGCCCAACUUUUACACCGUCUGUCAAACAGAUAAACCCGCACAGGAAGAGCUGCACGGCCUAUGCCGAACGGGUAUGACCGGAUGGUCCAAUUAUAUACCACUUGAGCCAUUUUUCCCAUUGCUGAAAGCUGGCCAUGGCGGAACAUUCAAGAUAGUUGGCGGGAAUACUCGUAAUUGACGGGAAGCGCAUUUAAUGCAAGAGAUAUGGAGGAUUUUAUGGUUGAGAGAGCAUCCACUCAUGAUCGGCCACGUCAUCCUCUCCAACUACUACUUCAUAGUAUAAAUAUCAUCACUUAUUUCAUUGUAAAUGAUUAGCAAUUUGAUACUCUUAACAUUAUACUUCUCUCUAGGCUGCCUGAAUAUUCCCGUUCGCCAGUCUACAUGUAAUCAGACUAUUUUCUGGAACAGGAUUGGAUUACUUGCAGUGAUUUGUUGCUUCUACACUUGUACCAUACGUGUAUCUUAAUCAGAUCAUUCCAACGAUAUCCAAAUGAGUGUGUUGGGCUUUUAGACUUAGAGGAAUAAACCUCAACAAGAGAUUAUAG